ACUUCUCUGCUAAACUCACCAAGUUUUUCGGGGCGUCUUGAGGGAAUGUUUCUGCACCAGUGCGCGCAGCAGCCGUUAUAACGUCUGUGACUGACAGCGCGAGACAGUCUGCAUUCUGCACCGUGUUGACACGUCCUUUCGCGAGACAUCCUGCCUGCGGGGACAGUAAGAUUCAAGCUUCAUUGUAUACUACUACACAUUCUUUGAGUGACCAUCUAGUAUAUAACAAUGAUUUGAAGAACUGCAGUAGUUUUCCUGUGUACCUGUUUCCCAUCUAGCACUUUGUUGCUCAUCUCUGCUUUGGCUGAACGGAGGAUAAAAUCGCAUCCAGACAAAAUGGCUUCCACAGUGAGAAAAUGUCAGCACCUGUUAUUAAUAAUCAUCCUUCUCCCCUUGAUGUACUGCAUGCAUCCAGACUGUGUCAUUCAGUUAGAAAAAGAAAAGUGCAUGGAAAGGAUGGCAAUGGAUGAUCCCAGUAGUGAACCUGAAUUAGUCUGUCGAUGGAUGUGGGACAACCUCACCUGCUGGCAGCCAGUCAGAAUUGGUCAGGUGGUCUGGAUGCCCUGCCCUGAGCUGUUUGAUGUCAUGACUGAAGAAAAUGAUGACUUUGGAAAGGUGAGUCGUAACUGCACUGAGGAUGGCUGGUCAGAGAUGUUCCCUCACUAUGUUGAUGUUUGCCCUUUUAAUGACAAUGGGACAAGUCCAGACAUGUACUAUGUUUCAGUGAAGGCUCUGUAUACUGUGGGCUACAGCACCUCUCUGGUGUCUCUUACCACUGCCAUGGUCAUUCUCUGCAGGUUCAGGAAGCUACAUUGCACCAGGAAUUUCAUUCACAUGAACCUGUUUGUGUCCUUUAUCCUGAGGGCCAUCUCAGUCUUCAUCAAGGACGGCAUUCUAUAUGCAGAGGAGGACAGCAACCAUUGCUUUAUACACACAGUGGAGUGCAAGACGGUGAUGGUAUUUUUCCAUUAUUGUGUUUUGUCAAACUACUUUUGGCUGUUCAUCGAGGGAUUGUAUCUCUUUACUCUGCUCGUUGAGACAUUCUUUCCUGAGAAAAGAUACUUCUACUGGUACACCAUUAUUGGAUGGGGUACUCCAACAAUAUGUGUGGCUGUCUGGGCUGUGCUAAGAGCGCAUUUUGAUAACAUUGGGUGCUGGGACAUCAAUGACAAUGCUGCCAUCUGGUGGGUAAUCAAGGGUCCUGUUCUUGCCUCCAUCAUGAUCAACUUUAUACUCUUCAUUGGCAUCAUUAUAAUCCUGGUGCAGAAGCUGCAGUCUCCAGAUAUUGGAGGAAAUGAGUCCAGCAUUUAUUUGCGUCUGGCCCGCUCCACUCUUCUCCUCAUCCCGCUAUUUGGUAUCCACUAUACUGUGUUUGCUUUCACACCAGAAGAUGUCAGCAAGAGAGAAAGGCUUGUGUUUGAACUUGGCCUUGGCUCUUUUCAGGGUUUUGUAGUAGCUGUUCUGUACUGCUUUCUCAAUGGAGAGGUGCAGUCGGAAAUCAAAAGGAAAUGGCGCAGUUGGACAGUGAACCGGUACUUUGCUGUGGAUAUGAAGCACAGGCAUCCGUCGCUGGCCAGUAGUGGUGUGAAUGGGGGCACCCAACUCUCUAUCCUCAGCAAGAGCAGCUCACAGAUCCGCAUGUCCAGCAUUCAGGCUGAAACACAAGCCACAUGAGUGCUCAGAAGAAUAGACUGAAAGCCAAAAUCCUCAGAACUAGAGCUACAUAAUUAUAUCAACAUCCGAGUCCUGUUUCUUUUUCUUUUUUUUGAGACUGAACUAUAUGUUAGUCAAUCCUCCAUAGACGACAGGCUUUGGAUAUGGAAAUCUGAGGAUCUCCCAAGCAAUCAUCUAUUGUUCACCAAGCAAAGAUGGAUACUUUUGAAAUGGACUUGUGGAUGAAACUUAUUUCAUCUGAUUCUGUGUAGGAAGGGAAUUAUAUACCAAGACGCUGCUUUGAACAAUAGUAUUUAGGAUGUGUUUUCUAUUCAGAAAACUGAGGCUCAGCUAAAGGAGAACAAGGUGGAUAUUUUUUGUACAUAUAAACACCACAUCAGUCUCUGUGAUGUUUCUUUUUGUCUUAUAUUUUAUUUGUGUCUCCUCUAUGCUAAUAAAGCUCCAAGAUUCUCAAUGUGAUACAUUGUUUCAUCUUCGAAGAUGCAGUUGGAGAGGAUAAAGACACGUUAAAGCUGGUGUCCCAGUAAAGGAAAAUGUGACGAAAAAGCCUUUGACUGUGAAGGAAAACAAACUACGUAUUUUUCACAAUGGCUCAAUCAAUCGCUGAUUCUGAUACUCAGACUUAUCACAGUCAUUUAAUAUGUGAAUAUGUUAUCUUCAUGAUGUAUAUCUCAAUUGUAGGACUAAACUGCUGGAAAAUUAAGUUUAAGGACAAAUGAUGGCGCACAUCUGGUAAAUUUCUCUUUGAAAUAUCUGAGUGGAUCAUUCUUGGGCACUACAGUUUCAUGUAACAUAUUUUCUGAAUCUUGAUAGGAGGAUUAAAAGCCUCUGGGUAACAUUGACAGCCUUUAAAGUUAAGCUUGAUUUCAAUAUCUUUCUGUAUUCAGAAGAUCUGAAUAAAAAUAAAUAAAUAAAUAAUACAUUUUUUUUUUAUAGAUAUUUCUCUGCCUUUGUUAGGUUAGGUUUGAUUGUUAUCCUGUGGGACCUGAUAAGCAAAAUUAACAUUUGAUACCUCAUUAAAAAACAAAAAACAAA